AUGGACGAUUGCGGAGUUGUAGGGGAAGAAGAGUUGGUAUGUGCGCGAGAUGGCGGUAGCACUUUGGUCGAUGACAUUUUUUACGUCCUGAAAGAGGCGACGCAGCAAAUGCUUUCCCUUCGUGCGCCGGAUACUCUGACGUCCUUCUUCGCCGCUGUUGAAGAGGUCCUGGCGGAUAUUCCCCGCGUUCUUGGUCGUCAUUGCGAACUGGCACUCUCCCUCUACUUCGGAGUCUGGACAAGACCCGAAGGAACCAAGUGCUACUCGCGAGUCACCAAACAGAAACUGCUCCAAGCAAGUCAAGGCAGCGACAAACUCACUACACAAAUCUCUCUGCCUCACGCUCUCAUGGGCACCUACCUUAUCAAUCAGUAUCUCGACCAAGUCCGAGACAAGAUACGCGCCGGUCAAAUGACCUGCCAGGCCACAAGCCAGACCAUCAGCCAGACCACCGGCGACUACGCUCAAGGCGGCGGCGCUCAAGACGGCGGCGCUCAAGACGGCGGCGUUCAAGGGCGCACUCUGUCAUCUAAAGACUCUUUACCUGCUACGAAAGACUUGUUAACUUCGAAAGACUCUUUGGCUGGCAAGGACGUUAUCGCCACGGCUCCAUUCACUCAGGACAACCCAUCGGUAGCCCCGACGGUAGCCCCGACGGUAGCCCCGACGGUAGCCCCGACGGUAGCCCCGACGGUAGCCCCGACGGUAGGCCCGACGGUAGCCCCGACGGUAGCCCCGACGGUAGCCCCGACGGUAGACUUGUCGCUGAUUCGGGGGAUCUAUUGGGACAGUUACGACUCAGCGGUACGGGCGGUGGCGGGUCGGACGUACAGUGCGUUUUUGGAACCGUUGUUCAGCGAGGCGCCCUUCAAUUGGGAAGCGGCGGCAGUAAACACGGAGCGCGAAGACGUGUUGGUGCAGCGGUUGGAGGAAUUGCGUGGUUACAUGGUGCUGGUCUGGGCACCGGCUGUGGCUGCAGACCUGGUGUACCGACUGGUAGAGUGUGUGGCGGUACGUUUGGUGCAGAUGCUGCUGGAGCGCAUUUCCUUAAGCCCAGGCGCAGACGGCAAGGCGGCAUCAGGAGUUAAUGCAGGUGCAGACAUGGUUACCAAUGGACGGACGGAGAACAGCUCCUUGGUCAGCUACUUCAAAGAUUUCAAGGCCAGCACGGUGGUUAGUACGGAGAAUAGCCAGACGACCGGCAUCACAUGUUCUGGUGCCUUGGAAUUUGACUCACUCGCUCGCCAUCUCAUCGACUGGACUGCCGAGGCUCUGCCCACUGGACCCGGCACUGGGCCGUUGGAUGGUCGACCACCCUCCAUCCGAGACAUGUUUACGGAACUCGUCGAAAUGUGCGAACUACUCACCGUCGAAUCCGCCGCCGAAGUCUUCGACCUCUGCACUUCUACCAAAUGGACCGCACUCACACAAGACGUCGCUACACGCAUCCUGAACGCUCGCAAAAUCGACCUGAAAAUGGCCGACCAACUACAAAUGGUUCUAGCCUCCCUGGCUACGCACCCCACUUUCAGCACUGGCCCAGACAAGUGA